UCCCUUCUCAGAGUGCUCACCGCCUGCUCCUCUUGCCAAACCCCGAGUGUCGGACCGAAAGCACACUUGCUGGCUCGGAUUAGAAGUAAAACGCAGGUCCAAAAGUUCUGGAGAUGGUAGGUGUGAGGUGUGAGGUGGUACCUGGAGGGGUCCGAGCAGACCUGUGAAUGUUUUCUGUCUGGACAUGGGAGUUGAUAUGAGGAGCGUGUACGUGACGUGAUAGUGUUUGUCAGGGUUCAGGAUGAGCACUGAGAGCAGGGAGCCGGACGAGUCGGGAGUGGAAGAAGCGGAGGGGGACGACCCCAAAGUUUGCCAAGUAUGUGGAGAUACGGCGACGGGCUACCACUUCAAUGCCAUGACCUGUGAGGGGUGCAAGGGCUUCUUCAGACGAGCCAUGAAGGGGAGGCCUAAUUUUCGCUGCGCAUUCCAGAACAAGUGCGUCAUCACGAAGAGUAACCGUCGUCAGUGCCAGUCCUGCCGCCUGCAGAAAUGCCUCUCGAUCGGCAUGUUGAAAGAGUUGAUCAUGUCGGACAAGGACGUAGAGAAACGGAGGAUGCUCAUUCUGAAGAAGAGGAUGGCCGAGGAACCCAUCCCACUCUCACAGGAACAGGACGUCGUCAUCCAAGAGCUGCUCUCUGCUCACAGGAAGACCUUCGACACGACCUUCUCCAACGUCAGUCACUUCCGGCCCCUGGACCGGGAUGAGAACCCCAUGUCCGAAUACACAGAAAGGUCCUCGGUCGCCGGGCAGUUCGGCUCCUCCAUACCCACCAUGUUCCAUUCCGUGGAAGCGGAGAGCAUUUUCGGGGAGGAAAAGACGAAGUUCACCACGCUCGGUCACGUGGCGGACCUCAGCACCUACAUGAUCCAGAACAUCAUCAGUUUCGCCAAGCUGCUCAAAAGCUUCAGGUCUCUGUCUAUAGAGGACCAGAUUGCUCUGCUGAAGGGUGCAGCGUUCGAAAUCAUCCAGAUGCGGUUCAACAUGCUGUUUAACGAGAAGACCGGGAUCUGGGAGUGCGGCUCGCUGCAAUACUGCAUGAACGAUGCCCAGCGCGCUGGAUUUCAGCACCACUUGCUGGAUCCUCUGAUGAAGUUCCACUACACGCUGCGCCGGCUGCACCUACAUGAGGAAGAGUAUUUACUGAUGCAGGUCAUGUCCCUCUUCUCACCAGACCGGCUGGGAGUGACGCAGAACACGGUGAUCGAUAAGAUACAGGAGAGUAUAGCGCUCACACUGGUGACUUACAUCGAGAGCAAGCGGAAAGGACCAAAAAAACAUCUGCUGUUCCCGAAGAUCAUGGCUUGUCUGACAGAAUUAAGAACUAUGAACGAGGAGUACAGCAAGCAGGUUCUGCAGAUCCAGGACAUUCAGCCCGAGGUGUCGCCCCUCAUGCUGGAGAUCGUGAGCAGCCACUGCUGACCCUCGCCACUGUCGUCCGACCACUAAGCAUCACAAGCUGGACUUUUGUGGACGUGUUUAGCACAGCUGGAUUACUCUGUGAGUGGAUUACAGAUGCAUCUUUGUUUUGUGUCAAAAUCUCAGUUUUAUUAUCGUGGGUCUGUUGCGUUGUUGUGUGUGUUUGAAAAAGUGUUUAAACAAUGUGGGUCUGUUUGCUCUGUCUUGUGUUUGAUAAUGCCAGCCAUACUUUAAAAUGGUUCAAAUGUAAGGAAAAGGUACGGUGGCUCGCUGAGGGACAUCAUGACAGCAUUUACAGAGCAAAGAAAAGAUGAAAACAGCAU